AUGCUUGAAAAAUUUUUCUUUGCAAUUCUUAUUUCAUUAGCGGCUUAUUAUUUUCAUGAAGAGUUAUGUUCGCUGUGGGAAAAUUAUUCACAUUUAGAAAAAUUGACGAUUACCUUUGAGGAUCUGUUUUACCGGUUGAUGCCGCCAGUAGACGACCCAGUUUUCCGUGAUUUAGGGAAUUCAACAGUUUUGCUUGUUAAUCAGAUUGCAAAUCUAUCCAUUAAAGAAUCAACUGGCAUCACCAAUUUACGCGUACCCGCUAAUUUUCUCGCCAACAUAAUUACACGUUCUCCAUCAUCCUUAAUCAACCUAAGUUCUCCCGAAAUCUCGCAAUAUCUCAAACACAUUGGAAACUUGUUAUUCAUCCUUGGCAUAUACACCGAGAAAAUGCAAAUCGUUGGCAAAUUCCUUUUCAAAGAAAUUGAAAACGAGUUUACAAUAAUCUACCAAACGCUGGAUAACAACGACCUUUUACUUCCCGAUUCCGCCAAAAAAUCAUUGACCUUUUCACGAAUGAGCAAAAUUCUCAAUCUCGUCACUGAUUUCCGCGAUCGCGCGAAAGAUGUUCUUAAUGCGUUGAAUGAGUUCGAGGAACUAUAUCGACCAAGAAUCGAAAGCCACGCGGCUGGUGAAGAGUCGGAUGAAAAAGGUGGGUUUUCGAGAGUAGAAGAUUAUUUUAAGAGGAAUCGAGAGGAACUGGAUAAGGUUUUUGAGAUUUCGGUAAUUCAGCUAAAAUUUGAGGAAUUGAGGACUGGUAUAAGAGGAGUUUUGAUAUCCAAACCGCAAUCCAAGAGUAUCAUGAAAUUUUUAGAUAAAAUUAGGAAAGAUUUGAUUCGUAUCAAGGAAUCAUUCGGAAAAAUGAAGCGCAGAAAAAUUGUAACCGAGCGAGAUUUGGAGGUGUUAGCGCAAACGAUUGAAAUAAUACAGAAUAUAACAUAUAACUGGAUGUAUGAAGGUGAUAUCAAGAGGAUCGCAUAA